GAGGCGGCCGUGGACCACGCCUUCCUGCUGGAGGCGCACCGCAACCUGACCGAGCGCAUCCGCAACCUGACGCGCGUGCUGAGCGCCCUCAACGACUCGCUGGACCCACGCGUGCUGGCGCAGUUCAGCAGCAACCGCAAGCUGGACGACCCGGCCGCCUUCUACGCGCUCGUCGCCGCCUACUCGCUGCUCAUUGCGGUCGGCGCCGCCGGCAACUCUCUGGUCGUGUGCGCGGUCGUGCGCAAGCCCGCCAUGCGCACGGCGCGCAACAUGUUCAUCGUCAACCUGGCCGUCUCCGACCUGCUGCUCUGCCUCGUCACCAUGCCGCUCACGCUCAUGGAGAUCCUCACCAAGUACUGGCCGCUCGGCCGCCAGCCGUUCGUCUGCAAGAUGCUGGGCACUCUCCAGGCCACGAGUAUUUUCGUGUCCACCAUCUCCAUUACUGCGAUUGCGCUCGACCGCUACCAGGUGAUCGUGUAUCCCACCAGGGAGAGCCUGCAGAGGGUGGGGGCUGUCGUCAUCCUCGUCUUCAUCUGGAUUUUCUCCCUAGUACUGGCCCUCCCCAUGUAUCUCUGGAGGACACUCAAGCAUCACGACAUAAAUCUCCCCGAUAUAGCUUACAUUUCGUACUGUCUGGAAGAGUGGCCCGUAGAACACGGCCGCGCUUAUUACUCAAUAUUCUCGCUGAUCUGUCAGUACCUGCUCCCCAUCGUCACAGUCACCGUAGCGUACUCCAGAAUCUGCCACAAACUGCGUUACAGGUUUUCCAGCAGUUCUCCCGUCUCCCACAGUAAGGGCGGCGAAGCGGCUGUCGAGUCCCCAUUGCGCCUGAAAUCCAAAGAGGAUCGUCGCUUGAAACGAACCAAUUCCCUGCUCUACUCCAUAGCUCUGAUAUUCUGCAUCAGCUGGCUGCCGCUCAAUGUCUUCAACGUAGUGCUCGACUUGUGGUAUCCGUUCGACAGCAGUCAGGGUGAGACGAUGAUCAUCUUGUAUGCGGUGUGCCACAUGAUGGGCAUGUCCUCGGCGUGCUCCAACCCUCUGCUAUACGGCUGGCUCAACGAGAACUUCCGCAAGGAGUUCCGUGAGAUCGCCUCAUGCGCCUGUCCGUGCUUGCCGGCGGUGAGGAGGUCGCUGCGCCGCUGUCUCGACUCACUGCGCACGCGCACCUCGGCCGAUGCGCGUCUGCGACACGAGACAACCACCAACGGCUCCGGCCCUACUGCUGGGAAAACAGCCGCUCUCCUCGUAACAGCGCAGAUCGGUGAGUAG